AUGUUAUUUCAUAGGGAACAAUAUAUAUUUAACGUCUUUGAAGUUAUAGUAAGUACUUUGGAAACUAAACUACAAAGAAUCGAAAACUUAGACAAAGCUGUAGAACACUUGAUGCGUAGAGUGGAGGCAAUGGAUUCUCGCGUUAAUGACAACAUACACAAAACAGAUGCCAUCAUAUCGAAGUUGGGAAAUCUUGACUUAAAAUUAUUUAGCCAACCUAUUCCAGAUGAGGUUGAAUCAUUUACUGAAAACAUCGUGAAAAGAAAAAGUGACAACAAAGUUAAUGAUGCUCAACUACUUGACAGGAAGUUAGAAUCCUUGGAUCAAAAGGUAUCAAACAUAGAUUCUAAAUUGGUUGGUCUUAAAAAUCAAAUCGAUAACAACUUCUUACCAGUCGAUGAUAUUAAUGCUGAAGCCAGUGAAAAGAAGCCAAUUAAUUUAAAUGUUUUGGAAAUAGCGAAAGGGCUUAAUACAGAAGUUAUAAAAACAAUUACAAAAGAAGUCGAUCAGUUGAGGACAUCGAUGUCCACUGUCGAUCGUAAAUUGCAAUUUCAUAUAAACCUCGUUUCCGAAAAUUUAGGAAAGGUGCUUUAUAUGAUGGCGGAUGUACAUGCAGCAAUAGUUGAACCUGACGCAGCAUCUAUUAAUGUAAAUUCUUUAUUUAAAAAUAGAACAGCAACAAGCACUCAAUCGCCAAUAACGAAAGGCAGUAAAAUAGAUACUCUGGUUAAUAAAAUUAUACCCAUGAUGAGCGUGUCUGAGAAAAUGGACGAAGUUUGGGACGUAGUUGUCGGAACUAAAAGUUCAGUUGACGACUUAGUACCAAAAUCUGAUGAGCUUUUAACUCAAACGCAACGACAAGAGCGAGCUAUUGGACAAAUUCACAAUGAUUUGAGGGUUAAGACAAAUCUAAUUAUAGAGAACUUGGAUAUGGUGGAAAAGAGACUCAAGAAGCAAGAAGACGAUGUUGCGACUCUAGCACAGCGGCCAGUCCCUGCAGAACUUCUUCUUGAUCCGACAAUUGAUAGACUUGUUGAAUACGCGCCAAAUAGAUACAGAUACGACGAACCUUCUACAGACCCCAACACAAGUACUGUCGCAGCAACAACCCCGUCUACCUCGUCUUCCACAAUUUAUAACAGCCUGAACAACCCGAGCAGUCCCAGUGGAUCAAGCACGCCUGUUUCCAUGUCAGCAUCGAGCAGCAACGUUAGUGGUAACAACGGUACCUCAAGCUCAGGUCCUCGUCUCGCUAGCCGUAAAGGCGGCAUCAUCUUCCCCAGCGUUAAAAACAAGCCAAUCAUCGGCAAUAAUACUUUCGCUUCAGAGAUCGUCGCCAACUAUAAAGACGUGAAAGGUUUCUCGUGUGUCGACCUUCUAAAUGGAGGAAUGCGGGAAUCUGGAGUAUACUAUCUUCAAAUUAGAGGCACUUCUUACUGGUUCCUUAAGGUGUUUUGCGAACAAAACGUUGCGGACGGGGGUUGGACAGUGAUCCAUCGACGCGAUGACUAUGGGGUCCCAGCGGAAAAUUUCAAUCGCGACUGGAGCGAUUAUAAAAAUGGUUUUGGUGAUCCAAACAAAGAGUUCUGGCUCGGCAACGAGAACAUCUACAUGCUCACUAAUAAUGACGACUAUAUGCUAAGAGUGGAACUGGAAGACUUCGAUGGCAAUAAGAGAUAUGCACAGUAUUCGCACUUCAAAAUAUAUUCAGAAGCGGAAUACUACAAACUAGAAAUUGACGGAUACGAGGGCAAUGCAGGCGAUUCCCUAAACGAUCCCUGGUACGGGUCUAACAACAGUCCCUUCUCUACUUACAACAGAGACAACGACAGAUCAUCCUUGAAUUGCGCAUCGAUGCUUAAGGGCGGCUGGUGGUGGAAAUCGUGUGGACGCGGCCUCAAUGGCCUCUAUCUCCAUGACCCGCAAGAUCUGACCGCCCGACAAGGUAUAGUGUGGUUCCGCUGGCGAGGUUGGGACUACACACUAAAACGGGCCUCCAUGAUGAUCAAACCAAGAGGACUUCAACCAAAUACGUGA